CAUGCACCAUGCCACCGCCCUGCUUCCUUGGAAACGGGGCGAGCGUGAGCGCCUCCCGUUGGAGUCCAAAACCGGCGACGCGCUCCCUGUUUCCCCCUCCACCCACCUCCGUUUCUCCGCCGGAUUGCCGCCGGGCCGCGUAUAAAACGCCCUCCCUGCACGCUCCCCGCCUGUCACCCGCAGGCCGCAGGCCCAUCCCGGAGAGAUCAAGAACCACUCGGGGUCAGUACCCAGUAGGAUAAGCGCGCGACGGCAGAGAUGGCGGCGGCGGCGGCGGCGGCGAGCGUGAAGGCGCCGUCGCUGGUGGUGGCGGCGAGCAUGGGCGCGGUAGAGGCGCUCAAGGACCAGGCGGGCCUGUGCCGCUGGGACUACGCGCUGCGCUCGCUCUACCACCGCGCCGCCGCGCCCCGGAUCCGCGCCGCGCUCUCGAGCUCCGCGGCGGCCGAGCUGCCCCGAGCGGGCGCGGGCCGGCCGGCGGCGGCGGACGCCAGGAUGCGCAAGGCCUACCACCUCGUGUGCUGGGGCCCCAACUGACCGGCGUCGACGCCGGCCGACGCUUCUUGUUCCCCUGUAGCUUCUCUGGCUUCUUUCUUUCUCUAGCGGUCUCCUCCCCGUGUGUUGCUCCCACCCAUCAUCGAUCUAUCCAUCCGUGUGCAUUGGCAGAUGAGAGGGCGAUGUGAUCAAGUGAAUGCUCGUGUUUGGGUUCAGAAGAUGUAGCUACUAAUUCAGAUGUGCUACUAAUUCAGAUAUGCUACAAUAAACGAAUACAAGGCUUGCCACCUCGUGUGCUGGGGCCCCAACUGACCGGCGUCGACGCUUUGGGUUCAGAAGACGUAGCUCAUGUAGGAUUGAUUAAAAAAAAAAUACUAGUAUUCAUUUGGGACC